UAAUAAUUUAAAAGUUUGAUUCAUCAUGAAACUGUAUUGUUUAAGUAACGAUCCAAAUAAACCAUGUCACGUUUUAACAUUCAAAGAAAUCACUUUGAUGCUCGAUUGUGGCCUUUCGAUGCAAUCCGUAUUAAGAUUUUUACCUUUAUCGUUCGUGCCGUUAAAUCGGCUUCAAAAUUUACCUAAUUGGAUGCCUGCAGAUUCUUCAGAACCGGAUAUUGAAGGCGAAUUAAAAGAAAAUUGUGAUCGAAUAUUUGUGGAUUCUCCGCCAGAAUUUUGCCCCCCUUUAGAUAAAUUGAUUGAUUUCUCUCAAGUUGAUGUUAUAUUAAUUUCGAAUUAUAUGUGUAUGAUGGCUUUACCAUUUAUUACAGAAGGUACAGGGUUUGAAGGGAGGAUUUAUGCUACUGAACCUACUUUACAGAUUGGGAGAUUAUUAUUAGAGGAAGUUGUAGUUUAUAUAGAACAAUGUCCAAAAGCAAAUUUUGCCACACAAUGGAAAAAUCUUCUUCAUAAACUCCCAUAUCCAUUAAGUGAUUCAUUUAAACCAAAAUCAUGGAAGCAAAUUUAUAAUAUGGCAAAUGUAAAUGCAAGUUUAUCUAGGAUACAAAUGGUGGGGUAUAAUGAGAAGAUUGAUGUUUAUGGUGCAUUAAAAGUUAUCCCAGCUUCAUCAGGUUAUUGUUUGGGUUCAAGCAAUUGGGUUAUAACUUCUGACCAUGAAAAAAUCGUUUAUUUAAGUGGCUCAAGCACUCUAACAACCCACCCCCGCCCUAUGGAUCAUAACGCGUUAAAAAACGCCGACGUUUUAAUCAUGACCGAUUUAACCCAAACCCCAAUUAGCAACCCAGAUUCAAUGUUGGGUGUUUUAUGCGUCGUUGUUGGGUUAACUUUGCGUGGUGGCGGAAAUGUUUUAAUUCCAUGUUACCCCACGGGGGUUAUUUAUGAUCUUUUUGAGUGUUUAUCAAUUAAAAUGAGUGAAUUAGGGGUCUCAAAUUGUCCCAUGUUUUUCGUUUCUCCAGUUGCUGAUAUGUCGUUGGCUUAUUCGAAUAUUUUAGCUGAAUGGUUAUCAUCAGUAAAGCAAAAUAAGGUGUAUUUACCUGAUGAGCCUUUUCCACAUGCUAUGUUGGUUAAGAAUAGCCGAUUAAAGUUUUGUAAGCAUAUCUAUUCGGAGGGAUUUAGCACGGAUUUUCAGGAACCUUGUAUCGUUUUUUGUGGGCACCCAAGUUUAAGGUUUGGGGAUGCGGUACAAUUUAUUGAGAUGUGGGGGAAUAAUCCAAGAAAUUGUAUUAUUUUCACAGAACCCGAUUUUGAUUAUAUCGAAGCAUUGGCACCUUAUCAACCCUUACAAAUGAAAGUGGCUCAUUGCGCUAUCGAUACAUCAUUGAAUUUUACCCAAGCGAAUAAAUUAAUUAAAGAUUUAAAACCAACGACUUUAGUGGUACCCGAAUGUUACACGCAACCUCCAACAACAGCGCAAAAUUUAACGGAAUUAGUGAUUGAAAAUAGCCCCGAUAGGACCUUAAUACCAUAUAAAUGGGGCGAAGUAAUAAAUUUACCCUUAAAACGAAAACAAGGUCAAUUAUUCAUCGAAAACAACAUCGCACAAAAUCUUAAACCGGUCGAAGUAAAACCCGGCGUUAAUUUAUCAACAAUAACCGGAAAUUUAAAUGUUAAAGAUAACGUUCAUAACGUUGAGGAAAUCACCGAGCGCCAAAUGCAAUGUAACGUAAAAUACGAAUUUGGAAAUGUUAAUAUAACCGAUUUUUUACAAAAACUCGCCAAGGAAGGUGUCACCGAUGCUAAAGUUGAAUCAAGCGGAAGUGGGGUUAUGAUUCAUUUGCAACAUGAAGAUGCUCUUAUUCAAAUUGAUGAUAAUUCAACACAUAUUUUAUGUAGCAAUGAGAGUUUAAGAGUUAAAUUGCGAUUAAUUUUGAUGCAGUGUAUUAAAAAGUUUUAAAAAAUAAAAUUCUAACCUCAAA